UUGAUAACUACCACAACUUUCGACAAGAACAAACGCACCCCUAAGAUGAAUAACACCAAGAUGAACGACAUUAUCAACGAUACCGAUGACAUCAACGCCAUCAAGAAAAAGGCUCGCAUCAUGACCUGCCUCGACAAAGAAAGAGUCCAACAAGCAAUGGAGAUCAUCGGCUACGACCUCAGCGAAACUGACUGGCUCUGGGAGGCUCUGCAAGCCCCAGGGUCAGUAGUAAAACAAAUCGGUGACCGCUUACUCCUCGAAGGCAACCGAAGCCUCGCGGCACACGGCACGAAGGUGAUCGAUCUGUCAAUCUCCGCGAUGGCAGUUCGAUCAGGUAUGGUCGCCGGCCAGAUCAACGACCUCGCGCAGAAAAUCAACAACAAGCGGUUUCUCGCGGCGAUCUGCGAUAAAGCUGGCUUGACAGACUGUAUCAAUCAGAACUUGUCACAGAAGAACGGAGUCCCGGAGAGAGUCAAGGCCAAUACAGUCGAGGCUGUAAUUGCCGCGGUUUUGUUGGAUGGCGGACACGGGGCAGCACUCAAGGUCAUGCUGCACUUGGGGGUCCUGCCGGUCUUGUCAGCCUGA